UCCCGCCCCUCGGGUGCCAGCGCCGCCCCUGCUGCGGCGGUGAGGGGCGGGGCGGGGCGCGGCGUAUAUAAGGCUAGGGGCGGGCGCCGCUCUUUUGUCUCUUGCUGCAGCAACGCGAGUGGGAGCACCGGGAUCCCGGGCUCGGAACCCGACUACACGGAUUGUUUUAAGAAAAUGGCAGACAAACCAGACAUGGGGGAAAUCGCCAGCUUCGAUAAGGCCAAGCUGAAGAAAACGGAGACGCAGGAGAAGAACACCCUGCCGACCAAAGAGACCAUUGAGCAGGAGAAGCGGAGUGAAAUUUCCUAAAAUCCUGGAGGAUUUCCUACCCCCGUCAUCUUCGAGACCCCAGUCGUGAUGUGGAGGAAGAGCCACCUGCAAGAUGGACACGAGCCACAAGCUGCACUGUGAACCUGGGCACUCCGCGCCGAUGCCACCGGCCUGUGGGUCUCUGAAGGGACCCCCCCCAAUCGGACUGCCAAAUUCUCCGGUUUGCCCUGGAAUAUUAUAGAAAAUUAUUUGUAUGAAUAAUGAAAAUAAAACACACUUCGUGGCAUGGC